GUUAUGGUGAUUGUAAUCUUUUUUUUUUGCAGACAAUGAAAAACGACCCGAAGACCACUUUGAAUGCAACAGAGUGUACAGAUUCCUCGGUCGAAAUAUUGAGUAUAACACCAUUAAAGACAAAUGAAAUGAAGACAUUAGAUAAGAAAAUAAAGAAGUUUGGUAUGUUACUGGAUACUAGUGGAGGAACGGAAAGACGUAAGCAAGUUGUGAAAUCUUAUGAUCCAUUUGCUGUGGUGGAUCAUGGUAAAGAUGCAUGGUUAGAUUCAUGGAUGAAGAUAGACAGAGAUAUAACAAUUAAUUUGGGCAUCAUAAAGGCAGACAAAUUUUUUUUUGCUGAGCUUAUUGAACCAAAGGUUUGGUUAAGUGAAGAACAUAUUGACGUUGGUAUGUCUCUUUUGAGAAGAAAGUUAGGAGAAAAAUCAUGUCCCUUUCAGAGUAAUAGAUUGGCAUUUCUGGAUGUACCAUUUACAUUGCUGAUUUCCAGGAGCUAUCAAAAGUUUUUGGAAGAUCCAAAGAACUUUGAGUGGAGCUCUGAGUUUAUCAGUUACUACAAUGGUAUUCUACCUAAAUGUGAAAGAACACAUAAGAGACUUGGUGUUGACGUCGAUGACGCGUAUGUGGUGUUAAACAUUAAGAAUGUCCACUGGAUUGCUUUGGCUAUAUCAAUUCUUCAACGUACCGUUGAAGUGUACGACAGUAGUUGGAUGCUCUCUGGAGAUGACGAGAUAACCGAGUUUGUGAAACCAUUUGCAAUGAUGAUUCCACAUCUUAUCAGAUCAUUGGCUUCCCCAGCUGACCAAAAGGGUUUAAGUGAUGCUGAGUACACAAUUAUAAGGUGUAAGAAGAUUCCACAGAACAUACAAUCUGGUGAUUGUGGUGUCUAUGCUAUCAAAUAUAUCGAAUGUCUUGCAUUAGACACAGAUAUGGAAGUUGGACUGUGUGAUGCUAACAUCAAAUUUAUCCGGAAAAAGCUUGCAGCUGAUAUGUUUGCUGAAGGAAAUCAUUUUGAUGAUUUUUAGAAGAAUUACCUUUGUUUGGUUUUAAAAGUUUAGGACGUGCUUUUUCUGUU